UUCCUUUGCUCAACCUUUUCACUUCUACUACUCAACCAAAUAUACCUUGUAACCUAAACCCUUUUCCUAUACAAAAUAAAUCACACUUCCCAUAAGCCUUCUACUAUAUCCAAAUUGCAAAAAAAUGUCUAAUUGGAGUUCCGAUCAAGAAGUUGAUGAUAUUGUAGAAGAGGAAGUUGAUAGUAUAGUGGAGAUGAUCCAAUACAACUACACUCACCCAUAUGUACCACCAGCUCCAAUAAUCCGAAGAGUGCACAUUGAGAGAGACCGUGAAGAAGGCCACACUCGGUUGUGGAAUGAUUAUUUUAGUGAUAAUCCAACUUACACUAACGCUAUGUUCCGUCGUCGCUUUAGAAUGAACAAACCAUUGUUCCUUCGUAUUGUUACCGCUAUUGAGAAUGGAGUCCCAUACUUCAGACAAAGGCGAGAUGCUACUGGAAGGCUUGGUCUUUCUGCACUUCAGAAAUGUACGGCAGCUAUUCGUUUGAUGGCUUACGGAUAUACGGCAGAUGCGGUGGAUGAAUAUUUACGACUCGCUGAAACAACCUCCCACAAAUGCCUUCUACAUUUUGUUGAGGGAGUUAUAAAUUUGUUUGGCGACGAGUAUCUGAGAAGACCUACACCGGAAGACCUCCAACGAUUACUGAAUAUUGGAGAACAUCGCGGUUUCCCCGGAAUGAUAGGGAGCAUAGAUUGUAUGCAUUGGGAGUGGAAGAAUUGUCCCACUGCAUGGAAAGGACAAUAUACACGUGGAUCUGGUAAACCGUCAAUCGUACUAGAGGCUGUGGCAUCACAAGAUUUAUGGAUUUGGCACGCAUUUUUUGGACCACCUGGUUCGUUAAAUGAUAUCAACGUCUUGGACCGCUCCCCUGUGUUUGAUGAUAUCCUAGAGGGCCGAGCUCCGAGAGUUAGAUACGUUGUCAAUGGACGGCAAUACAAAAUGGCGUACUACCUAACGGAUGGUAUCUAUCCCAAAUGGGCAACUUUCAUCCAAUCCAUUACACUUCCACGUGGUCGAAAAGCAAAACUCUUUGAUCAAUGGCAAGAAGGAUGUCGUAAAGAUGUAGAGCGUGCAUUUGGAGUCUUGCAAGCUCGAUUUGCAAUCGUGAAGAAUCCCGCACUUUUUUGGGAUAAAGGGAAAAUAGGGAAAAUAAUGAGAGCAUCUAUCAUCCUGCAUAACAUGAUAGUGGAAGACGAACGACAUGACUACAAUUUCUACGAUCCAGCGGAAUUCCAUCACGGAGAAGGAAGCGGAAGUUCUCAUGUCGAUUUAUCAUAUUCUACAGAUAUCCCAACAAAUCUACAUAAUAUGAUGGGCAUUCGAAAUGAUGUUCAUGAUACACAAAUGCAUGAUCUUUUGCAAAAAGACUUGAUUGAGCAUAUCUGGCAAAAAUUUGGUGCAACCGCACAAUAAAUCUUACUCCAAACUAUGUUUAAUAUGUAUAAUAUUUUGAAUUUUAUAAAAUAUGUUUACUAUUCCGUAUUUUGUAAAAUAUGUUUAAGUUUGUAAAAUAUUGUUUUCUAU